GUCAUGUCAGAAGGAGAUAUUGUAUUGAAAGAAGUUGAAGAUGUGGAAAAGAAAAAGCUUCCCAGAAGGAUAAUCCACUUUGUGAGUGGGGAAACCUUGGAGGAAUAUAGCACAGAAGAGGAGGAGGAUGAGGAGGAACAAGAUAAAGUUGACUUCUAUAGCGUUGACACGACAGCAAUGACUUGGGGAAGCUACCUACAAUUUUGGAUGCUGCGGAUUGUUACGAUGGCUUUCUUCACCUGUGAUUUCCUUGGAGGACGUUUAGCAUCAAUCUUUGGCUUGAAUCUGCCAAAAUAUCAAUACGUCAUUGACGAAUACAACAGGAUGCAGGAUGAGGAGACUGAAGAUGAGGAUGGUGAAGAUGUUACAGAAAUAGGUGAGCCCAGUGCUGUGAACGAGAAGAUACAUCUUCACAUGCAAAGUAUGGAAUAUGGAACCAUCCAUCCUACACAAGAUGGAACUUUACCUGAUAAUGUUCAAAUGGACACAGAAACCCAAAAUUCUGAAUCAGUAAUCAGUGGGAAAUGAGCAUUUUGUACUUCAAUUAAGUUAUAAAGAGAAUCAACAAACAGCCAAUAUGUUAAAGAGACUGUAUUUUAUUUCAAUGAUCAGAUAUUUUACUGUGUAACUAUUUAUGGUUCCAGAUGAUGAACAAUGUGUUUAGAUGAGAUGCCAAUGUAUCAUUUUUUUCAAGCUUCAAAAGGAUUGACAGAACCUCUGGAUGCCUAAAAAGGCCACUGAAACCUUUUAUUACCGGGAUCUAGAUUUUCUCCUGCUACUAUAUACUACUGUUGCUUUAUUGUUCCCUGAAAUUCAUUUUCCACGCACAAAAAAAUCUGGAAAUGCACUGAGAUGGUUAGUAGAGUAAAAUAAAUAAAUAUAUAUACACAUUUUUAUUAGUGAUGUAUUUCUCCCAUUCCAAUACACCAGA